UACAACAUAAUGGCCUCUUCUUCUACUUCCUCCUUCACAUCAAAGACCAUACCGACCUCUACAUGCAGUGCCAUUGCUUUUCUCCUCAUCUCCUUCAUUGUCAACUUAUCAUCAACAAGUAUGGCAAUGACCACAACAAAAAUGAUGAACAACGACGAUGAAGGUCCUCGGAGUCAUACAGUGAUGUCAGAACCGGUGACGCCAUACCAUCUUCGUAAGAUUGAGGGUGACGAAGAAAGUGGUCAACGUCAUGCUGUGAUGUCAUCGCCGAUGAGGCCAGCACAUCCUCGUAGGGAUGAGGAUGAUGAGGAAGGUGGUCGUCGUCAUACAGUGAUGUCAGAGCCCGUGAGGCCAGGUCAUCCUCGUAAGACUGGGGAUGAUGAAGAAGGUGGUCAUCGUCAUACAGUGAUGUCAGAGCCGGUGAGGCCAGGUCAUCCUCGUAAGACCGAGAAUGAUGAAGAAGGUGAUCGUCGCCAUACAGUGAUGUCAGAGCCGGUGAGGCCAGGUCAUCCUCGUAAGGCUGAGAAUGAUGAAGAAGGUGAUCGUCGUCAUACACUGAUGUCAGAGCCCGUGAGGCCUGGUCAUCCUCGUAAGAUGACCGAAACCAAUUUUAAUAACAAUGGUGGUGACAACGAUGAUGAUGAUGAUGAUGAUGAAAUGAUGUUCAAUAUCCUGCCCAAAGGUGUCAUUGUCCCUCCUUCUGGACCAUCUCAUAGGCACAAUUAGGGUGGAGAUUAUUUACAUAAACCAAUAUUAUAAGGAAUUGGUGAUAUGGACGCCGCAGCAUACAUAAUCUCUAUUUGUGUGAGUACUAGUUAUGGCAUAUAAAUAUUGUAAUAAAGAAAUAAUAUGAGAAAUGUCAUGAUUAAUCAUAUAUAAUUAAAUAGUAUGUGAAGUU